UUGAACUUCCUCGUUCGCCUUGUCACCGAACAGUUUUCUCUUCCUUGGUUGGAGCAUGUGGGAGAAUUUUUAAGUUAAGCAGAACCAUGGAGGAUCGAGAGCUGGACUUGACUGAGGAGCAGAAGGCUGUCAAAGCGAAGUAUCCCGCAAUUAAUAAGAAGUUCGAAUAUCUUGAUCACACAGCUGAUGUCCAGUUGCACUCCUGGGGUGAUACUCUGGAAGAGGCAUUUGAGCAAUGCGCCAUGGCAAUGUUUGGCUACAUGACUGAUAUAGAAACAGUGGAACCUAUUGACACUGUACAGACUGAGUCUGAAGGUGAAGAUAUGCUUUCACUGCUUUUUCAUUUCUUGGAUGACUGGCUCUUUAAAUUUAGUGCGGAUCAGUUUUUCAUUCCUCGGGAAAUAAAGGUUCUACAGUUGGAUAGAGUAAAUUUCAAGAUCCGUUCUAUAGGAUGGGGGGAGGAAUUUAACUUAGCCAAGCAUCCACAAGGGACUGAAGUGAAAGCAAUCACAUAUUCAGCAAUGCAGAUUCAUGAAGACAUCAAGCCAGAGAUCUUUGUUAUACUAGACAUUUAAAAUGCAUUGUCAUAUUGGAGUGAGAAAUGAGGGGGGAAAUCAUACUUCACAAAGGACUGUGGUCAUUUAGCAUUCUCUCAAAUAGGUUUGUUAAUUAACACUUGCGUCUGAGUUUGUUGAGAAAUUCAUACGUAAUUUAAAGACUUUUAUUUAAAGUGGAAAUUGGAUUUUUAAUUAAUUACAGUGCAGUGUCUUCAAAAUAAUGAAUGUACACUCUUCCACUUUCUGGAGCAAAGCCAUAAGGUUGUUAAACUGGUGCUCUGCUGAUGUUCCAGCUUCUAUUCUGAAUUUCAGUUACUAUGGUUUUCUAGGGCAGACCUGUCUCUGGUUAUCUUCAUAAUGCAUUGCUUUCCUGAUAUUAAAUUAAAUACAAUAAUAUGUUUAGCUCUUCUGAGCUUUACUGAAUCAUGAAAACAUUGUUUUAGAUUACGGUUUUUUAAAAAGUUGUAAAUUUUGUGUUAAUUUAUUACAUUGUUCAUUUCUUGCCCUAUAAUGAUUAUAUAAAAAUGUAUUGAAAUGUCGUAAUAGAACUGCCUUUUUUGCACUGAUGAAGAUCAAUGGGUGACUCUCAGAAAUAUUUUACUUUCAAACAACUGUUUCUUCAAAACCAUGGACAAAGACUGUUUCUUUUUUCUCCAAUGAUUAACAAAUAAAAUUAUUCAUGUAAUAAACAUAAAAUAAUUACAAUCUC